CUCAGAAAAGAAAGAAAGAAAGAGAGAGUAGAGACUAGACAAAGAUAUGGAAGGAGAGAAUAAAGUGAAAGAAUCCAAAUUCAAGAGCAUUUGUGUUUUUUGUGGUAGUAGUCAAGGAAGGAAGAGCAGUUAUCAAGAGGCUGCCAUUGAGCUUGGAAAUGAACUGGUGGCUAAGAAUAUUGAUUUGGUUUAUGGUGGAGGAAGUGUAGGGCUAAUGGGCUUAGUUUCACAAGCUGUUCAUGAUGGCGGUAGACAUGUUCUUGGAGUUAUCCCCAAGACACUCAUGCCUAGAGAGCUAACUGGUGAAACAGUUGGAGAAGUGAGAGCAGUUGCUGAUAUGCACCAAAGAAAAGCUGAAAUGGCUAGACAAUCCGAUGCUUUCAUUGCCUUACCUGGUGGUUAUGGAACUCUUGAAGAGCUACUAGAGGUAAUAACAUGGGCUCAGCUAGGCAUCCAUGAUAAACCGGUGGGAUUGUUGAAUGUUGAUGGGUACUACAACACAUUGUUAUGUUUCAUUGAUAAAGCUGUGGAAGAAGGGUUCAUUAGUCCCAAGGAACGGCAUAUUAUUAUAUCUGCUCCAACAGCCAAAGAGUUAGUAGUGAAGUUGGAGGAGUACAUACCCCGGCAUGAAGGAGUUGCUACAAAACAGAGCUGGGAAACAGAUCAACUAAUUGGUUACUCGUCUACAAAUUCUAAUGAUAUGCAAAGUUUAACAAAUUAACAUCCAAGCAAGAAUAUGACUGAUGCAGAUCGACUACAGACAAUAAUGUUGCAAGUGUACGACUGUGUCUGUUAUUAUUUAUUUUUUCUUUUUAGUUAACAAAACUAGUCAUAAAAAUCCAAGCAACCAAAGUUGUGGUACAAAAACUCCAUUCAAAUGUUGGGAUCCAUUA